AUGUGGACACUGUCGAAUGGUCAUUGUCUAUCAAAUGUUUCAUUAGAAAAAAAUCCAGAAGAUAUGACUGAUUAUGAUGAAAAAUGUAUAUUUUUAUUAAAGUUAUUAUUAAUACGUAAACAUGAUGAAUUUUUUUAUUAUUGGAAUGAAAAACUUAUUUCAGAUUGUGAGGGAUCAUAUGAAGCAGAUCAAAAACGUAUAUAUUAUCCUCGAGGACAUAUACUUACUCCUUAUAUAUGUAGUUCAAAUCCGAUUCGACUGGCUGAAGAUGAAGCGAUUACCGCACAAUGUUUAAGUCACCAAAAACAUCGUUUUAACUGCUUGCGUGAUGAAUUAACGUGUUUGCUACCAUCGGCGAUUGGAGACGGUCAUAAUCAUUGUAAAGAACAUCAAGAUGAAACUAAUGAAGAAAAACGCUUAGAUUUAACUAAGGAUUACAAAUGUCAACGUCGUCAUACUUCAGAAUGUAAACGGUUGAAAAACUAUAUUAUUGAAUCAUGGCAAGUCGCAACUGGAGAAAAUAAACGGCAACAAAUUUUAUUUCGUCAAUAUUGUGAUAGUCUAUGGGAUUUCCCAAUGGGUUAUGAUGAACAAUCAUUUUUAUGUCGAAAAUGGCAAUGUCCAAAAGAGUAUUAUCAAUGUGAGAGUGGACAAUGUAUACCAACGAAUUGGGUACUUAAUCGAAUCUGGGAUUGUUCGGAUGCCUCCGAUGAAAUUGGAGUGUUAACAGUCAUAAAACAAUCAAAACAUAAUACAGCAUUACAGUUGGAUAUAAGUCAAAAACUGUUUUCAUUAGUUUUGUAUUCUUCAAUUAGUCGAUUUCCACUUAAUCUUUGUCAUCAUUUAGAAGAAUAUGGUUGUAUAUUAGCUAAUGUUCAAAAUCCAUUGAAUUUCACACUCAAUCAUGUAUGUAUAGCUAAGUCGAAAAUUGGUGAUGGCCAAAUUGAUUGUUAUGGUGGUUUAGAUGAACGAAAUGUGUUAGGCUGUGGUGGUAAUAUUAAUAAACAACGUGGCUUUGAUUUUCAUUGCCAUGUUGAACAGUGUAUAUCAUAUAAACACCAAUGUCGUGAACGUUGUUGGAAUGGUGAGGACAAAUUACUGUGUGAGGAAAUACCGAAAUUUAAUCAACAAGAAUGUGCUAAGAAGCCAGAUGACUCUCCUCCAAUUGCUUACAACGAGACAAGAUGUUAUGGUGGCAUUGAAUGUAAACCAUUCGGCUUAGAUGAAUACUACUGUGAUGAUUCAGACAAUGUUCCCUAUCGAUUUCAUGCAUGGACAAAAUUUUCAGCCACCAUUCUUCAUUUACCAAUUUAUCCCUCAACUAUUGUCUAUAACAAAAAAGAAUGGCCGUUAGUAUUCGCUAGAAAAAGUUUUCGAGACUUUCAGUAA